CCGCCCUGCGCGCCGGCGCGGCCGCGGCCCGACGGGAUCUUUCGAGAAUUGCCGGUACCGCGCUCCCCCCUCAGCGCCGCCGCCAUGUCCGUGGUGGGCAUCGACCUGGGCUUCCAGAGCUGCUACGUGGCUGUGGCCCGCGCCGGCGGCAUCGAGACUGUCGCCAACGAGUACAGCGACCGCUGCACGCCAGCCUGUAUAUCCUUUGGGCCCAAGAAUCGCUCCAUUGGUGCUGCAGCUAAAAGCCAGGUUAUUUCAAAUGCAAAGAAUACAGUACAAAGUUUUAAAAGAUUUCAUGGUCGUGCAUUCUCAGAUCCCUUUGUUCAAGCUGAAAAAGAAAGCCUUGCCUAUGAACUUGUCCAGCUGCCAACAGGCUCAACUGGCAUCAAGGCCAUGUAUAUGGAAGAAGAAAGAAACUUUACAAUUGAGCAGGUGACAGGAAUGCUUCUGACCAAAUUAAAGGAGACUGCUGAGAAUGCGCUUAAGAAGCCUGUGGUUGACUGUGUUGUUUCUGUUCCUUGUUUCUACACAGAUGCAGAAAGGAGAUCUGUGAUGGAUGCUACCCAGAUUGCUGGUCUCAACUGUCUGAGACUAAUCAAUGAAACAACUGCAGUUGCACUUGCAUAUGGGAUCUAUAAGCAAGACCUGCCUGCCUUUGAAGAAAAGCCACGGAACGUUGUUUUUGUGGACAUGGGGCAUUCUGCAUAUCAAGUUUCUGUUUGUGCAUUCAACAAAGGCAAACUGAAAGUUCUUGCUACAGCGUUUGAUACAACCCUUGGAGGCAGGAAGUUUGAUGAGGUGUUGGUGGAAUACUUUUGUGAGGAGUUUGGGAAGAAAUACAAACUUGACAUCAAGUCCAAGAUCCGAGCACUGCUGAGGCUGUACCAGGAGUGUGAGAGGCUGAAGAAGCUGAUGAGUGCCAAUGCCUCUGACCUGCCCAUGAACAUAGAGUGCUUCAUGAAUGAUAUAGAUGUGUCUGGAACCAUGAACAGAAGCAAAUUUUUAGAGAUGUGUGAAGGACUUCUGGCAAGAGUGGAACCUCCCCUUCGCAGCGUGCUGGAGCAAGCCAGGUUGAAAAAGGAGGAUAUUCAUGCAGUAGAGAUAGUUGGUGGUACCACAAGAAUCCCUGCUGUCAAAGAGAAGAUCAGUAAAUUUUUUGGCAAAGAAGUCAGUACGACCCUGAAUGCGGAUGAGGCUGUGGCACGAGGCUGUGCACUGCAGUGUGCAAUUUUGUCCCCGGCUUUCAAAGUGAGAGAGUUUUCUAUCACAGAUUUGAUACCGUACCCCAUUUCUUUGCGAUGGAAUUCGCCAGAAGAAGCUCUGAGUGACUUUGAGGUCUUCCCCAAGAACCACCCUGCUCCCUUUUCCAAGGUCCUCACUUUCUACAGGAAGGAGCCCUUCACUCUGGAGGCCUACUACAGUUCCCCCAAGGAGCUGCCUUACCCAGACCCUGCUAUAGCUCACUUCUUGGUUCAGAAGGUCACUCCUCAAACAGAUGGAUCCAGUUCCAAAGUGAAAGUCAAAGUUAGAAUAAAUAUCCAUGGCAUCUUCAGUGUUUCAAGUGCAUCUCUGGUGGAGGUUCAUAAAUUUGAUGAGAACGAGGAGCCAAUGGAGACAGAUCAGCACGCGAAGGAGGAAGAGAAGAUGCAAGUAGACGAGGAGCAACAAAAGGCUGAAGAGCAACAGCAAACCCAGCCUGAAAAUAAGGCAGAGUCUGAAGAAAUGGAGACUUGCCAGGCUGACUCGAAGGACAAGAAAGUGGAUCAGCCACCUCAGGCCAAGAAGGCCAAAGUGAAGACGACCACAGUGGACCUUCCCAUCGAGAACCAGCUGGUGUGGCAGAUUGGGAAGGACAUGCUCAACUUGUUCAUUGAGAACGAGGGUAAGAUGAUAAUGCAGGAUAAGCUGGAGAAGGAGAGGAAUGAUGCCAAGAAUGCAGUGGAGGAGUAUGUGUACGAAAUGAGAGACAAACUCUGCAGUGUUUAUGAGAAAUUCGUCAGUGAGGAUGAUCGAAAUAGCUUCACACUGAAGCUAGAAGAUACAGAAAAUUGGCUUUAUGAAGAUGGUGAAGACCAGCCCAAACAAAUAUACAUUGAUAAACUGGCAGAACUGAAGACUCUGGGUCAGCCUAUUCAGGCAAGAUUCCAAGAAUCAGAGGAAAGACCAAAAGCAUUUGAGGACUUGGGGAAGCAAAUCCAGCAAUACAUGAAAGCUGUUCAUGCAUUCAAAGCAAAGGAUGAACUGUAUGAGCAUCUUGAUGAAGCAGACGUGGCAAAGGUGGAGAAGAGCACCAAUGAAGCCAUGGAGUGGAUGAACAACAACCUCAACCUGCAGAACAAGAGAAGUCUUACUUUGGACCCAGUUAUAAAAGCAAAAGACAUACAGUCGAAAGCAAAAGAGUUGGCAAGUAUUUGUAACCCCAUAGUGAACAAACCCAAACCCAAGGUGGAGCUGCCGAAGGAGGAGCAGAAGCCGACGGAAGCCAACGGACCAUUGGACGGGCAGGGGGACACCGGGAGCGGGACCCAGCCCCCCGAGCAGGGCUCUGCCCCCACAGCCACCGACAAGAAGCUUCCAGAAAUGGACAUUGACUGAAUUUCAGCACUUGUUUAUAUUAUUGCAAACUACAAUAAAGCUUUAAGUUGUCGACUUUGUACGUUCUGAAUACAAACUGAAGCAAGUGAAUCCCACAGCACUCUUGGUAACUCUUGGAGAGGUUUGGGCAGGGCAGCAGGUCAGAACACGGAGGUGGCGAAGGACUCGCUCAGCUCAGCAGUGUUCGCCUUUAUUGAUUGUAUCUAGAAGUUUUGGUAGUCUAACUAGACAUCUAGGAACAGCCAUAAGCUGCUUCUCCAUUUCUAAUGUCCAGGCUGAGUCAGUUCUCCCUUGAAGGAGGGAGACAGCAACUUCUGAAGUCUGAUGUGCACCCUGCUCUUCCCAUUCCCUGUGGGUUGCAGCACUGGCACUGCAGGGAGGGCAGGGGAGAGCCAAGGCAGAGUCUUCCAUUGCUCUUGGUUUAGUGUGAAUGCCUGCUCUGGACUCACUCUGAUUUGCACUGGAACAGUUGAUGGUUACAGGAGGUUUGCAGAGCAGGGGGUGGCUCAUCAGCACCUUUAUUCUUUAGCCCAGGCUGCAGAUCAGACUCAGAAUGUGCUCCUGGACAGGGGAGUGGGUUUCUCACAAACUCCCCAGCUAAUUAGGCCCUGUAAACUCCUUGUCUUUAGUUAAAUUAGCUGCUUGUAGAAAGAGUGAAUACUUGUAUUUCAGCUGCCUAUGCUGAUAGUUGAUUCUGACUUGUUCCUAACUUUUUCUGGCAGGGGUAUGCUUGCUUCCAUGAGGCCUUCAUUUGGAAUGCUUGGUUUUUUGUUUUGGUUUUUUUUUUCCAGGAAAACCAAGAACUGAUGGAUAUGUUGGUUUGUUUUGUUUGUUUUUUUUUUUUUAUGAGCUUUAUACAAUGAAUUGCUUCUAGUACUGAUUGUCAUUAAACUUGCAAAAAUUAAUUUGUAUGUGUUAAAAUCCAAAGCUGAAAAACACCCAUUCAGUUAUUGCAAGAAAUAAAUGCACUGGAUUCUACUGGA